UGCAACACUAAUUAACAUAAAAAUGAUCAUGUUAAUACAUAUUAUUUUCUCAAAACUAUUUCUGAUAUUAGCUCUUUCAUCACUUAUUGUUUCUGCGGCAUCGUUGAUCAAUAGUGAUCCGGGGCAUACCCUGAUCAGAUCAUGGUGCUCGCCCGCCAAAUUCGGUGGUGAUAUCUCGUACAAGAGCAAUCUCGAUUUGUUACUUUAUUCCCUUCCAGCAAAGGCAGCCACAACAGGUAAUAGCACCAAUAGUGAAAACUAUAACACAAAUUCCACGGCCUUGGGUGCAAGCAAUUCAGAGGUAAUAUAUGGCCUUUUCCUAUGUCGAGGCGAUACUAUUUCUAAGGAUUGCAGCGGGUGUGUGUCUACGGCAACUACCAACCUACCUUCGAACUGUCCGAAUGCCAAAAGUGCAGUAACUUGGUAUGAUAAGUGCAUGGUUCGAUACUCCAAUGAGUCUUUCAUUGGAAAUGUUGAUGGCUUAAGUAUGUUGUGGAAAAGUAACGACAGAAAUGUUCAAGCCAUUAAAAGUUAUAUGAACGAGAGUAUGAAAUUGGGGUGCGAUACUUUGAAGGACAUAGCAUCUCAAUUGGGUUCGCCAAAGAAUUAUUCUGGAUUGUCAUGGAAUGGGAACUGGAAGUACUAUUCGACUAAAAAUGUUUCGUUUAAUAAUUUUGUGAGAAUAAACACAAUGGCUCAGUGCACGCCUGAUCUUGCUCCUAAGGAUUGUGAGUUAUGUCUUCAAAUUAUUAUCGAUAAAAUGAGCUCGUAUUGCAAUGGGGGUCAAAGAGUUCGGAUGUUGAAUCCUAGCUGCAAUAUAAGGUGUGAAAUCUAUCAGACUAAGGCCUCAUUACUAUUAGUACCAACACCUUUGCCAGUUUCUGAAGGAAAUAAGAAUGAAUUUGUAACUAAAGUAAUUGCAAUUGUUGUGCCACUUGCUGUCGUGUUGUUAAUGAUAUCCUUGUGCACAUAUUUCUUUCGUCGGAAGGCAAAGAAGUACCCAUCUUUAGACAUCACAAAUGGUAAUUCUCUCUUAUUUAAAAAAAAAAUGGUAAUUCUCUUAAUUACUUAUGCCCGAUCGUCAGCUAGAAGUCUAGAACAAAUGAUAUUAGAAGAAUAA